CCCAAAUAUUCGUCGCUUGGUAAACGAUGAGAAUAUUAACAAAAUUCAUAUUAAUAACAGUUUUGUCGUCAUGUUUGUGUUUAAACGAAGAACACGUUCUGCAAACGGAGAUAUUUCAAAUCACAAUCAACCCUUCCAUGUUCAACUGGACGUACGAGGGAUCUGCAGAUCAGUAUAAAUAUGAUGUCACUCUUGCCGAUGCCCCAGAUUUGCCGUCUUGGUUAAGAUUUGUUUAUAGUCAAAGACACCGUACUGGAUUUGUUUAUGGGGUGGCUCCAGUUGGUAAAACUAACAUUACUUUAGAUGUUAUAGCACUGAACAGAAGGACGUACGAAACUAAAAUAGAGCAGAUCAAAAUUAAUAUUGCUGACAAAUUAAAUCCUGCUCUAUUUGAAGUGCAUUUGAAAAUUGAUAAUGUUAAUGUCGUUGAUAUGUUUGAUCCUGAAAGGAUGGAGGCAUUGAAAGAUAUUUUCAGGAAGAUUUUAUGGAAGGACAGUGGCAGUGACUUGUAUGUUACUUACAUGAAUUCAGCUUUAGAUAUUGGUGCUAGAAAACCUCCAAACCCCACAGAGGAAGAAGGAGUUGUUAUUAAGUUGGGAAGUCAAGAGCCAUUCUCUACCGAAUUAUUAGAACUUCAAGAGGAAAUCAGACCCUUAUGGAAAGUACCAGUGUGUCCAAGGGACUUCAAGAGAACAUCUGUAGAACGACAUUUUAGAUCUGCAGGUUUUGCUUUGGACUGGUGCAUGUUCAGACUUAUUGGGGAUAAUAACUCAGCAAUUGGCGUCAAUGAAAAAUUAUUGUAUCAAGAACCAAAUGAUGUAGAAAUUGAUACAAUUUCCAGAUAUGAAAUACCAACAAGAGAUUAUUUUAAUGAAUAUUUAGUUUCAACCUUGGUUCCCAUUAGUAUUAAUGUUGUGUUGGUUUGUUUGGUGUCCUUCAUUAUUUGUGCUAAACAUGAAGCACUAGAAGAUGAAGCUAGUGAAGAAUUCUUUAAUAAUUUAUUUCACAUUUGUACAGAUAUUUAUGAUGAUUGUACAAGGGAUAAUGAACAUGAAGAGUCAAGAGAAAGGGAAGAACCAGGACAAUUUGAGUACAUGAAUUCUGAGCCCCUUUACGCAAUAAAUCGAGAUAUGAGCCUUUCUCCAGAACCGGCUUUAUUCAGUUUAACCAACAGUCCGACUUCCACAUUGAACCAUCAUGGAGUCCACUGCCGGCCAAGUCCUCCCCCAUAUGUCAGGCCAAAAUUCAAGCCGGAAUUGUGACAAGAAGACAAACAAUCCGAGGGGGAGAAUAAAACUUGGUUCUGUUAAAAAACUGAUGGAUGAUUGAAAAGAUGAAGAAAUUCCCUGAGAAACUAACAAUAAUACAAUUUAUAGGCUUUGUAUGUGAAUAAGUUUAUUCUUAGUAUGACUGUAGAAUAGACGAAACUAUUACUACAUAUCCAUUUAGACAAUACUCUAACUUUUGUAUGUUAUAUUUGCUAUUAUAUAAAUUAGAAGAUAUAGCCUACCUGUUUUAAUAAGCUCACGCACUUGUAUAAUUAUGAUAGACUUAGAUAAAAUGAGUCAAUAAACAGUUCAACAUUU